AUGGCGGUGGUGCUCACCCGCGGCACGGGCGAGCGGGGCGAGGUGGCGAACGGCGACGCGAUAGGGAAUGGCAGCGGCGGAUGGAGGUGCGGGUCGGUGAGCGGCUGCGGGCGGGGAGAGAGGCGGUGGAGGCUCGGAAUCGGGUGCGGAGGAGGCGGAGGUGGUGCACGCGCGCGGAAUUGGGCGGAGGCUCACCGGCGGCGGCGGAUGGCGGCGGCCAGCGGAGCGGAGGGGAUAGGAGGCGAGAGGGCUAGGGUUUGGCUGGGGAAGGGGAACGGCGCGUUUGAAAGGGGAGGGAGAGGAGGCGAGCGGGUGGCCGCGGGGUCAAUCCCGCCUGAGGCCAUGCUGGCCCAACCGGCGGGCGUCGAAGCGAUGCCGCCGCGCGGCGAGCCAACGGGCAGGGGCGGAGGCGCGGGGAAGACGGAGGGAGGGGCUGACGGGUGGGGCCGAGGGCGCAGGGAGAGACUGACCGGUGGGGCCGGGCCGGAAAAAUAA